AUGGAUAACCUGUCCACAGUAGCAUACUGGGAAGACAUGCCGCUCGAUUGUCUUUCCAUCAUCUUCUCCAAGCUCGGCCUCGACGACCUCUCCACCUCCAUCCCCUUCGUCUGCAAAUCAUGGUCCCAAGUUUCCUCCCACCCCUUCUUCUAUCAAAUCGUCGACUUCCGCCUUCUGGAACUUAGCCCAUCUUCUUCAUUCUCCAAAAUCUUCUCUUCCCAAUACUCUCUUCCUCGCUUCACCUUCUCCAGCUUCCUCAAACUCGCCAUCGCGCGAAGCCAUGGCGCCGCCAAUGAGAUCCGCUUCUCCCCUCUCUUCCCUCCUUCAAUGGAGGUUCUCUCCCUCGCAUCCCUCGCUUGCCCUAAGUUGAAAGUCUUGGGGUUGCCAAGAGUCAAUUUUGACGAUGAAGUUCGUUUUUUGAAUCUGAUAAGCAAAUGGAGGGAUCUCGAAUGGCUUGAAAUGGAUUCAAAGCCAAGAAAUUUGAGAGAAAUUGCAGAGCAGAUUGGAAUUCAUUGCAGCAGGUUUUACGGGAUUAAAAUUUGCGGCUUGAUUGGAAAAGAAGAUGUGUCAGGUAUUGUUGAUUUUAUUCCAAAGAUUGAAGUUUUGGAUUUGAGUGGGUCUCGAAUAGGGAAGGAGGAAGUGUUGGCUAUCUUAGAUGGGUGCAGGGAGCUGAAGAGAUUGAGCUUGAAGGAUUGUGUUGGUUUUGAAGCUGAUGAAGAGGUAAGAUGUAGGGCUAGAGGCAUAAAAAUUUUUGAAUUUGAGGGAUGCAGGGUUGAAGAUGAAUUGAGGGCUUCUGUGGAUCAGAGUGAUGCAUUGGAACAGAUGUUCAUGUAUUUUGAUGAUUGUUAUGAGAUGUGGAUGUUAUGA